AAAUAACGACAGGAAUGAGGAAUGCGCUCACGCGCCUCCGCUGGAAUUUCCCACUUUUCUCUGGCAGAUAUUUUCACCCGCUCCACGGUGUCGCCACCGGUCCCACGUCAAACAGAGAACAUCGGCGCAUCGUAUAAAAACCUGCGCCCCCAUUGGCUAGAAACGUAGGACUACUACUGACACUCUGUCCAGACGCACAUUUGACAUAAGGAACACUCUACCUCAACACUUGCCUUCGAAAACGUACUCUGCUUUUUCACAAUCACCUCCGCACACACAACACACACUGCUAUAUAUAUGUGUGUGCGUAUGUGAGAAACGACAAUCUUGCUAAACGCAUACUAGGGUUUCCAGUGUGGGCUUUAGGGUUCAGAGAAAUGGUGUCUAACAGGGCGAAGAAAUCAAGAACUGCUGCGGCGGAUGACGAUCAUCAAUUUGAGCGUGAUGACAUGCUUCUCGCCAUCGAAAAGCUUCAGGAAGCGCAAGAGGAGCUUGAGAAGGUUAACGAAGAAGCCAACGAGAAGAUAUUGGAAAUUGAGCAGAAAUACAAUGAGAUGAGAGAGCCCGUUUAUGCCAAAAGAAAUGAGGUCAUCAGUUCUAUUCCGGACUUCUGGUUAACUGCUUUCAUGAAUCAUCCUACACUUGGAGAUUUGCUGACAGAGGAAGAUCAAAAGAUAUUUAAGUAUUUGGAUUCUCUUGAGGUCGAGGACUUUAAAGACCCCAGAAAGGGUUAUUGCAUCACAUUUAAUUUCAAGGCCAACCCAUAUUUUGAAAAUACUGAGCUCACGAAGACCAUUAAGUUCUUUGAUGAAGGCACACUAAGGUCAACUGGUACAACCAUCAGGUGGAAGGAGGGCAAGGGUCCUUUGGAUGCCUGUAACGAUCCCAGAAAAGGAAACAAACGACCACUAAAUCUGAGCAGCUUCUUUAGUUGGUUCGGCUUUCCGCCAGAGGGUACAGUGGAGGUGGAGCAGGACGUGGUGGCGGAGUUAAUCAAGGAAGACUUAUGGCCCAAUCCAAUUGAACAUCUCAACAAUGAAGAUGAUGAAGACUACACUGAAGAUGAUGAUGAGGAGGAGGAGGAUGGUGAUGAGGGAGACGAGGAUGACAAUGAUGAAGGUGAUGAAGAUGGCUGCGGGAAUGAUGACGAAUGAAUUCUGUCUGCUCCUCUGCUUCUAUCUUUUUCAGACUUUUCAUUUGAGAUGUCCCCUUAGAAGAUUUUGAACUACAUUUGAUUUAUAGUAGACAAAGACCAACUGGCUAGCUGCCAGAGAUGUCAUAAAAGCCCGUUCCCAUAUAUGAUAUGCUUUAAGUUCUACCUAA